CUGUAUUCUUAAAGCUCGCGAAGAUGGUGGGGUUUCUUUUGGGAAUCCUGUAUUGGGAAUAGCGCCGGUGUCAUAGGAACAGGCGCGGAACAAUAUAUCUCCGGGGGGCUUAGAAGCCAACGAACAACUGGAGUGACGGCGGCCCGAAUCCCCAGAGACGCCGAUGAGCCACACCUCAGCCAUCAAUCAGCGCCUAGUUUUGGUUUGGUGGGGUAAUCAUCAUUCAACUCCAGUCGCCCUGGCACUUCGUAUCACUGUUGCCAACAUAUACGCAUGCACCAGCAAUGAGACUAGGGGAUGCCUCAAAAUCUCCAUGAAACCAGACCGCAUCUCUAAGCUGACUCCCGCCGGCCAUGGCCGAUGUACAAAUAGCUCCCAGCUUUGGGGCCGAGCUCAAGGAUGCAUUUAAACCAGUCAACUCUUGGGUGUCACAGGGCAUCUCAUGGCUCGACGAUAUACAGCAAUUUUACCGAGAGCGGAGUGUGAUCGAGAAGGAAUAUGCCGCCAAACUCAAUGUCCUGGCAAAGAAGUACUUCGAGAAGAAGGCGAAGAAGUCCGGCACGCUAAGUGUUGGCGAUACGCCGGCAAUGACUCCUGGGUCUUUGGAGAGUGCUUCCCUGACAACCUGGACCACGCAGCUUACGACGCUUGAAUCGCGGGCAGCCGAGCACGACCGAUACGGGAACGAGUUGGUCCAAAAUGUUGCAGAGCCCCUGCGAAAUCUCGGGCUCAGGUAUGAAGAUAUCCGGAAACGCCACGCCGAUUAUGCGGAUAAAUUGGAGAAAGAGCGCGACUCUACAUACAGUGACCUGAAGAAGACCAAGGCUAAAUACGACGCGGCAUGCCAGGAAGUCGAGAACAAGCGGAAGAAGGCAGAGUCGGCAUUCGACUAUUCAAAGGCCAAAGCGCAAAAUUCGUAUCAGCAGCAACUCUUGGAAAUGAACAAUGCCAAAAACACAUACCUAAUCGCCAUCCGGGCCACGAACAAGCAACAGGAAAUGUACUAUCAUGAGUAUGUCCCGGAUGUACUAGAUGGCCUUCAGGAUUUGAACGAGGCUCGAACGACAAAACUAAACGGGCUGUGGUCCCUAGCUGCAUCGUUGGAGCUUGGAAUGAUCAAGAGAAGCACAGAUAUCAUCAAUUACCUCGCACAGGAAAUCCCGAGAAACAUUCCCACGUUGGACACCAUGAUGUUUGUCCGGCACAAUGCUGCGCCGUGGCAAGAGCCGGUCAAUAAGACAUUCGAGCCCAGCCCCGUAUGGCACGAUGAUGACUCCAUGAUUGUGGAUGAACCCGCAAAGGUCUUCCUACGGAAUAUGCUCAACAAGAGCAAGGGCCAGCUGGGAGACCUACGUAGAGACGUCGAUAUGAGGAGAAAGGAAGUAGAAGGGUUGAAGCGGGUUCAGCAGGCUGUUCGAGAGGGCAAGGAUAAGAGGGAUGAGGUUGUGGUUUGGUCGCAGCUGCUCAUAGCGCAAGAGAACCUCCACGAUUCCGAUCACAAGAGGCUAAAUGUCGAGGUCGAAACAACCACGAUUACGACUACGAUUGGUGACCUUACGAUAGGAGCGAAGAACCACAACUUCAAAUCACAGACGUUCAAGAUUCCGACGAACUGCGACCUCUGCGGAGAGAGGAUCUGGGGCCUUUCAGCGAAGGGCUUCGACUGCCGCGAUUGUGGGUACACGUGCCACAGCAAGUGCGAAAUGAAGGUUCCUGCCGAGUGCCCAGGGGAGCAGAGCAAAGAUGAGAAGAAGAAGCUCAAGGCAAGUAGGCAAGAGGGCGGAGGUCACGGGAAGACUCCCUCGGUGGCUGGGAAUGGUGAUAUGCCUUCCGAGUUACCAGCGCCGCUCAGUAGGUCAAACACGAUGAACUCGUUGAGUUCCGGGUAUGCAGCGAGCGCAAACCGCUCCGUCACGAGAGGAGGCCCGCAGUCACCAACGGCAGAACCACAAUUACCAGAUCGAAGCUCAAAGCCGGCCGGGACAUUACGAAAGGCGCGCAUCGUUGCGCCUCCCCCGACGAGCUAUAUCAGUGAGCUGCCAGGGAGUAGUGCGAAUGGGGCAUCGGGCGGACUAGGGGUACGAUCAUCGGAGCCAAGAGGGAAGAUGCUCUACGCUUACGAUGCGAGCGGUGAAGGCGAGAUCUCUGUUGGUGAGGGAGAUGAGGUUACUAUCACGGAGCCUGAUGAUGGCUCUGGGUGGGUGAAGGUCAAGUCAGGAUUCAGGGAAGGGCUCGUUCCAGGGUCAUACCUCGAAAUGAUGCCUUCGCCGUCCCCUGCGCUAUCUGCAGCACGCCCUGGAUCUACACACUCCAACUCGGGAUCGUCGGUUGCCGGCAGUGUGAGCAAGAAGCAGGGACCCGCGGUGGCCCCUAAACGCGGCGCGAGAAAGCUUCGAUACGUUGAGGCUCUCUAUGAUUACACGGCACAGAGCGAUGCGGAGCACAACAUGCUGGAGGGCGAUAGAUUUGUCCUCAUCAAAGAGGACCCCGGGGAUGGUUGGUCGGAGGUGGAGCGGGGAGGGGUUACCAAAAGCGUACCAGCCAACUAUGUACAGCUUGUAUAGAGGACGGCCUCUGGAGGCAUCUGUUGUUGUUGUUGUUUAUCACGAGCGAAAGAGAGCGCGUAGUACGUACUUUCUGUAGAGUACUGUAUGUAAGGGUUCGAAGAGUUCAGCACAGUCCAUGCGAUCAGUUUUUGUAUAAUACUCCGUUGGUACUAACUUUGGCC